UCGCUGGUUUGGCCAAACAAACCCUAUACAAACGGAAAGACCGACAACGUGAUCACAUCCACUGAUCCACGGAUCCACCGGAUCAAAAUAAAUUAAAAUAGAAAGACUUGAUCCUCAUCCGUCAAUUUAAAGUAAUACAACUCCGUAUUUUCAAUUACCAACUUGUUAGGUUGAUUCCAUCAUUAUAUUCUUAAACCAAAAUCGCCAUUUCUUCAUCAAAACGGUCAACUCUUCAAUUCAUAACAUCAAUUUUUUUUAAAAACAACAAGGUUAGACGAAGAGAUGGCGACCCAGACACAUGUUUACUCGGUGUGGGGACUUCCGUCAGAUGAUGUGAAGCAGAGAGUGAAGGAUGUGAUGAACACCCUCCGAUCAGAAUUCAACGGUCCUGAUUUUGAUCCCCAUGUUACUGUUGUCGGGGCUAUUGAUUUGACGCCGGAGGAUGCACUUGAGAAAUUCAAAUCAGCGUGUAAGGGGUUGAACGCGUAUACUGCUUACGGUAGGGGCGUCUCCACUGGAACUUUCUUUUAUCAGUGUGUUUACCUCCUCCUUGACACCACACCUGAGGUAGUUGAAACAAGUGAUCAUUGUUGUGGACAUUUUGGUUUUAAUCGCGCUACACCUUACAUGCCACACAUGAGCCUUCUGUAUGCGGACUUAACCGAUGAAGAGAAAAAGAAAGCUCAGGAUAGAGCUAAUGCACUGGAUGACUGCCUUGGUAACUUGACUUUCACUGUAAAACGCCUGGCAUUAUACAAAACUGAUACUCAAGAUAAGACACUCAAAUCCUGGGAAAAGGUGACGGAAUAUCAUCUCCAAGCAGUUUAGCUUUUGGUGUACAAAAGGUUUCACAUGGAAAUCCUUUGAUUAGAAAGGUUUCCCUUCAGUUUUCUUUCCUUUGAGUUGGGAUUCAUGAAAGGUUCCGUAUUAUCUUUACUUCUUUGCUUUAAACAGAAGAUUCACUUGCUUGUAGCGAUAAGCUUAAUUUCAAGAAUUCCAUAUUUUCUAUCUUGACAAAA